AUGGAUUCUGGCAACAGUGCAAGUAUCUCCUCUAGUGGUGACGAAGAAUACGAUUCACGCCCUCACAACACACUACUCCCUUCAACCUUCCACCCUUCCCAAUUCGCCUCCAUCUCACACCCCUCUUUCUUUGAUCUCUCCUCAACCGGCUACCUCCCCAACUCCUUCCUAAACCUCGACACCGCCACCUCAUCAUCCUCAUCCCAACCUCGGAGAUCCCAACCCGAUUGCACCCUUAACGCUAACGUCACCUCACCACCCAACAUGAACCAAUGUUUGUUGCCUCCUCCAGCCGCCGAUAAUGCAAGACCGGUGCUAUCCUCACCCCAGGCCAACACCAACGUUGCACGAAACUCCAAGAAGAGAACAAGAGCUUCCCGGAGAGCACCCACCACGGUUCUCACCACCGACACUUCCAAUUUCCGAGCCAUGGUUCAGGAGUUCACUGGAAUCCCUUCACCACCUUUUUCUGCUUCUUCCUCUUACUCUCGCAGGCUCGAUCUUCUCACUGCUUCAACAACGCCUCCUUUCUACCCUUUGCGUCCUUCACCACAAAAGGUACAACAUCAUCAUCAUCAUCAUCAAAAUCCAUUGCUUUUAUCUUCCUCAUCGUCACCUUAUAAUAACAUGGUUGAUGCUAUCGCUUCCACCACCACCACCAUCACCAACAACAACAACAAUUCCUCAUCCAAUAACAACAGCAACAACCCCAUUAACUACCAACAACAACUACCUCCUGAUUUGGGUCUACCCUAUCCUAUGCUCAACAUGCAAAACCAAAACCACCCUACUCUUGCAUUUCACCCACCUCUUCACCCUUUUGGCCAUCCAGGGUUUAAUGCAAAGUUGCCAUCCAUUGAGGAUCUGGGUAUGAGCCAUGCUCAAGUGAAUAACAACAAUACUGCAAAUUUUGUUGCAAGUGGCGUUUCGCUGCCACUGAGGAGUGUUAACCACGGUGGAGGAGGAGGAGCAAGUGAUGUUUCGUUAAGGUCCUUGGAUGGUGGUGGUAGCUGCAAGUUGAAUUUUUCUGCGGCUUCUGCGUCCACUAGCUUGAACCAUGAGAAGAGCACCUUACAGAAUAAUAAUAACAACAACGCUACUACUAGAGGGGAAGGUAACGUGGAUUCCUGGAUUUGUUCUUCUGAUUAG